CCUCUCUUGCACCCUAUUCCCGCACACGGAGCGCAGCAGGUACGAUGGCUUCGCAGGCAGAGGUUCCCUUCUGUCUGAAAGAUGCCAUUAUUCAGCUGUUGAGGCCUCAGAAAGUCCGGUUUAUGAGGCUUGUGCAACUUAACCAAUCCAGGGACCGGUCAGAAGGCAGAGUUCUAGUAAUGACUCAGUGGAGGGCUCACAUGUUCCACAGCAAGCAACCAGUGAAGGUGGAGAGUUCCUUCAGCUAUCUGGAGAUUUACGCCAUCAUCAUUGAGAGUCUUGAGCAGGUAAUUAUUGAAACAGACAGGCAGAUUUACUCUCUCAGCCUGAUGUCGAUGGAAGACCUGGAAGCCAUGGUCAGUCAUGUGACCGCCUCGCUCAAGAAAGUUUUCCCAGAUUCGUCCCCAGGGAAGCUCUUGAAGAAGAUUCCUCCUGAGCUUCAGGACAGAUUGUGUUCUCUGAGCUCCAGAGUUGAGGAGCAGCUGAAUGGAGCUCAUGGGCCUUGCGGGGGUUUCUCUGACACCUAUGCUGCACUGUGUGAUUUCAACGAGUUCCAAUGUCGCGAGGAAGUCCAGUGGGAUGUGGACAAUAUUUACCAUGUUCAGAAUUGUCGGGAAUUCAACCUCUUAGACUUCAGUUAUUUAGACAGCCGAGAUUUAGCGUUGGCUGUAGGUGCUCUUUCCUUCAAUCAGUGGUUUACCAAGAUCUGCAGCAAGGACUUCAAAUUGACACUAGAUGUGCAGGAGCAGGUGAUCUACCUCAUUAACAGGUCUACAGCUCUGCAGGAGUUGUGCUUGGAGGCAGGCGGACUCAAAGCGGAUUUUGUUGUAAAGUUGGCCUGUGCUCUGCGAGAACAGCCUGCCUCUGCACUCCAUGUCAUCAACUUGUCUGCUAACUCCAUAGAAGACAAAGGUGCAAUGUCACUCAGUCAGAGUUUGGCGCGACUGCCCAAUGGUCUCAGUCAGCUUUAUCUCUCCAAAGUCUCUCUGUCUUCUAAAGGACUGGGCAGUAUAGCGAAUAUGCUCUAUCAGACCAAAUCUCUCUCCAACUUACUGACCCACCUGGACCUGAGUGGAAACACAGGGUGUUUGGCUACAGAGGAUGCCAUGAAUCUCUUCAAGUUCCUGUCUGCCCAAAACAUUGUGUCCCAUCUGGACCUCAGCUCCACUGAUUGUCCUCUGGAUGCACUCUUUGUGUCUCUCUCUACUGGCUGUUACACUACUCUGUCCUACCUCAGCCUCUCCAGAAACCCCUUCUCACAUAGGAAGGUGCGGGAGGUGACACGCAGUGUAAGAGACUUCUUCACUAAGAGCAUGAAGCUGAAGUAUGUUGGGCUGGCUGGCACUAAACUACCUCCAGAUGCCCUCAGGUUACUGCUCCAGGGUCUGGCCACCAACAGUUAUCUCUCUGAACUGGAGCUGGAUAUCAGCAGCUGUGAACUGAGGUCCAGUGGAGCUCAGGUAAUUCAGGAGCACAUCUUUGAGACCAAGGCCAUUGGCAGCCUAGAUCUGUCUGACAACGGCUUUGAGCAUGACAUGGUGACUCUUGUACUCUCUAUUGGCCGGAGUCACUCUAUACGACACUUGGCCCUUGGACGCAACUUUGCCAUGAAGUCUAGAGCUCUGACUGAUGUUCUGCACAGAAUUGUACAGCUCAUUCAGGAGGAGGAGUGUCCUUUGGAGUCUUUGUCUGUGAGCGACUCCAAGCUGAAGACGGGCACCACCAUCCUCAUCAACAGCCUGGGUAGUAACUCCGGCCUCUCCAAGAUCGACAUCAGCGGCAACUGCAUCGGAGACACAGGCGCCAAGAUGCUAGCCAAGGCUCUGAUGAUCAACACCAAACUCAAAACACUCGUCUGGGAUAGAAACAGCGUUUCUGCUACAGGUUUUAUGGAUGUGGCCAAUGCACUGGAGAGGAACACCACACUACUGCACAUGUCCAUUCCAAUGAGUGAUAUGGCUCAAUCCUACCGCUCAACCAGAGAAACCGAGGAGGCAAUGCAGAAGAUUCAGACAUGCUUACGUAGGAACAGUGAAAGGAUAUUCACAACACCUGAUGAAAUGCUGAAUCUGCAGCAGGGUCUGAAGACCAGCCGCUCGGAACAGCUUGUGCAGCACGUCUGUCAGAAACUUCAGGAGACCAUGAGGCCUCUUUCCUGCUACAACAUCCAGGAAGUUCAGAGUGACAUCCUGUCUGCAGAAGAAGCCCUCCAGCAUGCCAGGAUAGCCAUUACAUCACUACCCAGGCUUUAUGAGUUGGGGAGGUCGCCCCCUGCUGGUUCCACAGUGCAGCACAUCCUGGAUGACGCAGCCAGAGCUAUAACCAGUGAGCUGACCGAAGAAAUCCAGGAGCAGGCACAGAUGAUGCUGCAGUUUGCCCAGGCAGUCUGCCCUCGAGUCGUCCAGAGAACGAGUGUUAGCGAGCAGCUGGCCAACCGCGUGGCCACCAAAACACGACAGGCCACCCACUUCAUCCACAGCACAGUGCAGCAGGCAGAGAACAGCAUCAGGGAAAAGCUCAGUGAACUGAAAGUAUCAGUCAGCGUCUCUCUAGUGGAGAGUAUCAUUGAGGAGGUUCUGCAAGACUUGUCAGUGGCUCAGCAAAAACUGGAUAAGCAUUUAAAAGAAUACUCCCAGCCUUUCAGCAGUAAGACCAAUGUGCCUCAGCUAAGAGUGGUGGAGAACGAGUUCCCUACUGAUGAGUAUGUGCCUGUCAUGUGGAGGAACAGUUUCUGCACGCGGAGUAUCCGGCCAGCCCCUUCGGUCAAAAGUCUGUUGGAAGGGGAAGGCGAGCAGCAGGCUCGCGCGAGUGCGCAUUCCCAGCAGGAGGUGGAGGAGCGUGAGAGAGCGCGAGCGAGGGAGAGAGAGAGAGGAGGGGGAGGGGCUCAGGGCUCCAGGCUGACAGCUGAGGAGAGGAGGCGGAGCCUGACGUUCUCCUCUUCGUUGGUGACUGGCCUGUCUGUCAUGACAGCUGUGGGUGGGGCCAGAACCUUAGGCCCCGCCCAGCCAGGGAUGGGGGCGGGGCCUGUCGGCUCUGGCUGUGGAGCGGCGGCGGGCAGCAACAGCACACAGCCCCGGCGUCCGGAGCCCGCGUCUACUCAGCCCCCUAUGGACCUGCCCAUCGAAGGCCAAACGCUGAGGCACUACACCCGCUCACGGCCCAGACCAAACCGCCGCAACAGGCAACCGCCCAGCAAGCCUCAGGAGCAGGCAGCUGAGAGUGAGAAUGAAGCCAAUGAGAAUAUGGGGAGAGUGGAUGAGGGCGUAGAGGAGUUCUUCACCAAGAAGAUCAUCCCUGAUGACCCCCUAAAGCACCAGAGGGAGGAGCCCCUCAAUAAAGCACAGCCUGCAGAGUCCACGUGUGUCACAACCACCCCUCCUACCACCACCACCACCACGACCCCCACACCCUCCACAGCCCCCUCAAAAAAUAUUAAGAAGAAGUUUGGCGACUUUUUUGCCUUUAAGAAGGUCCGUGCUGGUCGAGGAGCCAAAGGUGAGGGUGCCCCGGAGGGAAAGGUCAAAAAGACUUCAAUAGCAGACCUCAUCCGACCCCUCCGGGAAGCGGCUCGGGCCGAGAAAGAGCGUGAGAAGGAAAGGGAAAGGGAGAAGGAGAGGGAGCGAGAGAAGGGGAGAGAGAAGGAGAAAGAGAAAGCAGAAGAGGAUAGCAUCGUCAAGGCACCCACCACAACUCCCACCAUCACAGAUUCAGCCCUCACAGCACCAGCCGUAGAUGACAAAAUGGCACCUAGAUCACCCUCACCUCUUCUCAUGCCCAUCCUUGCCCCAUCAGCUGCCUCUGCCUCCACCCCUAUCCCUCCAGCCUCCUCACCUGCCAAAACUGAAGAGGCCCCAGCAUUGUCCCCUGCUGCACCCACUUCCCCCACAAAAACCCCCAGCCCGGUAGCAGCCGUGUCACCCUCGGAGCGGGAGAAGAGCCGGACCCCCGAUGGGGAGAGAAGGCCCAAGCCUACACGACGCUCGCUCCGAGAGGGCAAAUCUCAGUCCCUCAUCCUGCUUACGGGGCUGGAGCCAGAACACGAUGCUGCGGUCAUACAGGCCAAGAAACAUGCAUCUGAAAGUUCCUCCAGUUUUGAACAGCGGAUUCAUGGUUUGCUUCACCGCAUAGGGGUCACCAAGACACCUCCAUCCGACUCCAAAACAAGCCAGAGCAAAGACGAGGAGCUGAGGAAAGCCAACUCAGAGGGAGCAAUACUAGACAGUAAACCGGAGCCUCCACCCACCUACAUGAAGCCUCGCACAAUGUCCACCUCCUCAGACACCAGGCGACCAGGCAGAGGAGGCAAUGUGGAGUCACUCCGUGCAGACCGCCCACCUCUUCCAGAGCGACCCAUAGGUCCUCUGCCCCCCAAACCAGCCCUCAAGCCCACCUUAAUCCCACCAAGUGAGACCCCUGCAGCCUCUCGGACCAUUACACCUGCUCCCAGGCAGCCCAGCCCCUCUCCGGAUGCCCAGCCACUGGCAGUGGAGACUGGACCAUCCACCCAGGCACAGACGAAAGAGCCCCCGACCCCUUCACCCCGCAAAGAGACUCCGCCAGCCCCAUCGCCCCGCAGGGUGCUUAGCACAGACGUUCGCGAGAGAGCAGAGAGAGCACAGUCCGUCACUGAAGAGACCCUCCCUAAACCACGGCCCCGCAUGAAGCCCUCACCCCAACGUCGUGCGGUCUCUGUUCAUGAGGACACCCUACUCCAGCACGCUGCCCUACUCGACCCUGAGGAAUUGAAAGCUGCAUUGCCACGUCUGCAGAGGUCACCGGUGCGGAAGAGGGUGAAUCUCGGGGAACUGGAGCCCUGCUCUGAGGAUUUACCUGAGGGUGAAGAAGCUAAGACAGAAGGGAGGGGAGAUGGCAGGGGACAGGCCGGCGAGACAGGCAGCACUACAGUCAGCGAGAGCCCACCAGAAGCCAGUGUGGUGGGACCCGGAGAGGACAGGAGCCGGCAGGAGCUGGGGGAGAUGGUGUCAGAGCAAGAUCAGCAGCACACAGCGCAGGGAGAAACAUCAGACCAAAGAACUGAAACCCCUUCACCUGAGACUAACAUGGACUGACCCCCUGCGCGCAAUCUAUUUUCUAUCAUGUCUACCUUUGCCUUGCACGUCAGAUUAUGUACAAAAGAAUGGAUUAUGAACAAAUGCGUUUUAAAAAAAAAA